AUGCUGAGACUUGGCAAGCUCGACUACGAGAGGGGUUUCUACCGAAAGCGCACCCCCUCCGCCGGUCGAGCUGCAAGAGCUGUAAGACACAAACCACUGAAGACUGUGCGAGAGGUGGUGGCGGGCAUCGAGGAUCAACUGGAGAACGAUUACUUCGCGGUAGGUGGGCUUCGAAUCGUGGAAAUGGGCGACACCACCGGCUGUUUCGUUGGCGAUCUUUAUCGUGAUGAGUUUCUGCACCUGGUGGGCAAUGACUUCGGGGGCUACAACGCGGCUACGUAUGCUGCGGGUACGGCUACAGUGCGCAACCCAAGCAGCAGCAACGUGGCGGAAACAAAAUUCAACCGCUUUAGCGCCAUCGUGAUCCCACAAGAAUCCGUCCCACGGGCAAAGCCGUACAUGCUACAACGGGGAUCCUCUGAUCGAUCUGUGUUUGGGCACGAGAAGCCUCCAGAAAAUCUUUGCCCGUGCCCAACCACAUCGGACAAACGUCCGAUGAAACAUCAGGGCUCUCCCGUGCCGAUCGAGGUGGAUGACGAGACCAAGACAAGCAGCAGCGUGCGAUCGCGACGUUCUGCUGAAGGUGCCCGGCCCGUCAAAACCGCGUCAACCAGGGAUGUACCGGAGCGGAAGGCGACGCCGCUUGGGAAAGUGGUGACGAAGCCCGCGGUACUUCCUUCCGCCAGCGGCAUGUCGGCAACGACCAGGUCGGAGGAGAAGCCCAUGCCGAAGGAGAAACCACUCGAGCUCUACAGCAGCAAAGCGGAAGAUGCUGCGGGGUCGGAGACGCUAGACACUUGCACUGCAACAUUCGCAAGCGGCCCUAAGCAAGGGAAGCCCUGUGGGGCCGAAGCGAAAUCUCCCUGCGGUAUGUUCUGUAAUAAGCACAGCCGGCAGGGUAGUCGGAGCCGUACGUGCGGUAGCGGUGGAAAAGGGGGUGAUGACGAAGCGGAGUACGAACAGGAGCCUGAGGGGGACGACGACAUGAGGGACGGCGGUAGUGAGGGGUGGAUUCCGGGGGACGCAGCAGACUACGACCAGGAUGUGUUCGUGAGUGGCAAGAGCCCUCAGCAGGUCAAGGCGAUGGUGGACAAGAUAGAGGAGGCCUGGGGAAAGGAGGCCCUGAAUUUCAUCUUUGGGUUGGUGCAAAACACCAACCAAUUCGUGCAAGACCGCGAGGAGCAGAAGGGAGACGAGGCCCUGGAUACCGCCGACGAGCACUCUUGGACAACCCGCGGCAUGCAGACAGAUGUAAAUUGGUCGGCGAGAUACGAUGGCGGCCUCAGCGGCGGUCAUGACGCCCGUAGUGGAGCACGCGGCGGGAACUGCGACAGCACCGGGAGCGGCGCCGCGGGGAAUGGGGGUGAGAGAGAGGGCACGGCAGAUGACGACAGGAGUCGUGCCGGAGCGGGGGGCGGUGCCGCGGGCUCGUUUGAGGGCGAUGGUGAAGGGAGCGGCCGCGAUGGGAACGGCAACGGCGGUAAUGUUGGGAGCGGAAACGAUGGGAACGGCGACGGUGGUGAUGGAUUUGAUUUUGACGGCGAAGGCUCCUACCGAGGAGACGGGCACCAGUACUACGACUGCCACCGUAAAAGUGAGGGAGAGGGAGAAGAUGUAAGCUUCAAACCGUCGAAAAAGACAUUAGACGCGUUGCCUGCGUUCGACCCAGAUAAGUUGGGCAGAUUUUCGGUGGACGAGCUAGGCGAACUUGCGUUCACCUUCUUCAGCAUCAUGUUUCCGGCCGCGGUGAUCCUUCUACUUGUACGGAAGACAAACGAGUACUUCAACUUCUGUCGAAGCACCAAGAACCCUUAUGGACAGGAGCAGCGUCGCCGCGACAAGAAAGCAUGGAAAGGUAAAUCCAGCUUAGAUUUGUUCCUUAAGGUUUCUGCUUAGAUUUGUUCCCAACGACAACAACACAGAUGUCGAAGACAGGGGCUUGUCUUUCUGUCUUAAAUAAUCACGAACCCCCCGUCUUCAAGACGGACCCGAAAGGUUAUUUGUCACGAUCACGAAAGCCCGACACGGUGUAACACAGGUAGCAAGUGAGGGGGAGAAGUGUAUGUUGUACAAGCUGCCGUUGAUACUGUUUCGCUUUUCCUG